CAAAAUGAGAUUUCAUUCUGGCAUACUGUCACUUCAGUGGAGCUCCAGCGAUAGCGAGCAGGCGAUUGUUCCACUGUUUUACGAUUUGAUCAGUAUCACCACUUCGGUUGACGUUUGGCUGAGACUGACACAGUUUUCACACAAGACAAAAAUUUGAAGAAAGCAUCUUACUAGCAAAAAUGGCUACGUUUGCUCCACAACUGCAAGUCCCUUGCUUUCUUCAAUGUGUGAUUCUUGCCUUUGCUGCUGUAGCGGUCACUACCAUAUCUGCAAUUGGGACGUUGUCUUGUCAUCAGGUGAAAAGUGAAUUCCUACCAGCGGUUAACAGACGCCUGCAGGUAGCUUCAUACCGACAAACUAUUGCAAAAUCUCACAUGUUGUGUGUGAUGAGAGAUUGCCAUGCUGAUUCUGGCUGCUUGUCGGUCAACUAUCUCCCAAUCCGUCACAUCUGUCACCUCAAUAACAGCUCUAGAGAGGAGCAUCCUGGAAGCUUUGGCAUCUCGUGCGACAGCGUGUACUUCGAUGCGGAUGCACUAACACCUUCCUUCUCUGUGUGGAGGUGUUACUGUAGCUGCAAGGAGUUUCUGCAAGCGGGCCAUGAUGCGAGCGGUAUCUACACCAUAUUCCCGGCUAGUGUCCGCAAUGAUGGCUUACAGGUCUACUGUGACAUGGAGACUGACGCUGGAGGAUGGAUCGUCAUCCAGAGGCGUCAAGAUGGCAGCGUUAACUUCUACCGCGACUGGGCUGACUACCAGGUAGGCUUUGGCAACUUGUCUGGUGAGUUCUGGAUCGGAAACGACAUCUUACGCAAUUUGACGGCCUUGGGAACAUGGCAGCUUCGGGUCGAUCUGGUGGACUGGGACAAUGUAAUGACGUACGCGGAAUAUGGAGAGUUUGGAGUUUCUGGAACCAACUAUCAGCUCACGGUCGGCUCUUAUAAUGACAUCAGCACGGCAAAAGACGCACUGACAAGCAAGCACAAUGGCAUGUUGUUCUCAACCUGGGAUAAGGACAAUGACAAUUAUCAAGCCGGUAGCUGUGCCCAACGCAACUACGGGGCGUGGUGGUAUGACUAUUGCUACCUGUCAAAUCUUAAUGGUAAGUUUUAUGCUAAGCGUGCUGCGUUCAGUGGUCUCCCAUGGACUGACCAGCAGGGGCAAUAUGAAUGGUUCAAAAAAGCGAGCAUGAAAAUUCGUCAAUAUCCAUAAAGGCAAAACAAAAUUGAAAUCGAACCAUACGCCAUUUAUUAUAGUCUGCAUCAGUUAUUGAAUCAUUUCGAAUUAUGUAAUUAAUUCUUCAACUGGAUCAUUUUGAUGCUCGAAAGUACUUGGCGAAGAUAGUUCACAUUGUUCGUACAUAAUCACGUUGCAGUCACAUGCGCACUGCACGAACAAAUUA